AUGGCAAAAAAGCCCUCCCAGGAGUACAAAGUGGUGGUCGUCGGCGGCGGUGCUGUCGGUAAAUCAUGCCUGACCCUCCAGUUCAUCCAAGGCGCCUUUGUCGACAGCUAUGACCCCACAAUCGAAGACUCCUUCCGUAAGAAAUGCGUCAUCGAUGUUGAGGCCGUCCUGCUCGAUGUCUUUGACACUGCAGGCCAAGAAGAGUACAUGGCCAUGCGGGAGGAUUUCAUACGCCCAGGCGAGGGCUUCCUGCUUGUCUAUAGCAUCACCUCAAAGCACUCGUUCGAGGAAAUCAAGUUCUUCCAGCAGCGGAUCCUGAGGGUGAAGGAAAAGGACUCUUUCCCCAUCAUCGUCGUCGGCAACAAGUGCGAUCUUGAGGGCGAGCGCGCGGUAUUAACCGAAGAGGGCGAGCAGCUCGCGCGCCAAUUCGGCUGCCGCUUUAUCGAGACCUCGGCCAAGUCAGGAGCCAAUGUCGAGAAUGCAUUUUAUGACAUUGUCAGGGAGAUUAGAGAAUAUGACCGUGACAGCACUAGCAAUGUAAACGGCACAGGUGGUCGGUCGAACAAGGAGACAGGCGAGCAAGAUCUCGACCGAGCAACCAGCCGCGGCAAAUGCGCCAUUAUGUAA